UUUCUAGCUUGUGAAAAUGGAGCAUUUGUCUGCUGCAAACACACAGUUCUCCCUCGACCUGUUCAAGAAGAUCAGCGGAGGAAACGCAUCAGGAAAUGUGUUCUUCUCUCCUGUCAGCAUCUCCUCGGCUCUGGCCAUGGUGUCGCUCGGUGCAAGAGGAAACACAGCGGCUCAGAUGAAUAAGGUCCUGGGCUUUAACAAUCCUCCACCUGCACAAGCAAUGAUGCAACAAGCUCAGAAGCCCCAGAUUACAUGUGGGGUCAAGGUUCAACAUGGACCAUCAAUGAUGCAGCAAACCCAGAAACCUCAGUUACCUGCUGAGCUUUUGAAAUGUCCUGCUCAGCCGGUACCCGGACAAAAACAUGAGGACCAAAUUCAUUCCAGCUUCAAGAAGUUUAUGAGUGAGCUGAACAAACCAGGAGUCCCGUAUGUGUUGAGUCUUGCCAACCGCCUCUACGGAGAGCAAUCCUACCAGUUUGUUGAGAAAUUCCUCAAUGACGCAAAAAGCUACUAUGAAGCCGGACUGGAGAAGGUGGACUUCAAGAGCAAACCAGAGGCUGCUCGUGUCAACAUCAACAAAUGGGUGGAGAAAAAAACACAAGAGAAGAUCAAGGACUUGAUGCCACAGGGAGCCAUCGAUGAGAUGACGAAACUGGUUUUGGUGAACGCCAUCUACUUCAAGGGAAACUGGGAGAAGAAAUUCCCAAAGGAAGCCACCAGUGAUGGACAGUUUAAGCUGAACAAGAAUCAAACUAAGCCAGUGAAGAUGAUGCAUCAAAAGGCGCAUUUUCCUCUGGCCUUCAUCCCAGAGAUGAACAGUCAGGUUCUGGAGCUGCCGUAUGUCGGGAAGAAUCUCAGUAUGUUGAUCAUCCUUCCUAACGAGAUGGAAGACGCCACCACUGGCCUUCAGAAGCUUGAAAAGGCACUGACCUACGAGAAGCUCAUGGAGUGGACCAAACCAGAAGUCAUGCGUCAACAAGAGGUUCAAGUAUCUCUGCCCAGAUUCAAGAUGGAGGAAAAAUAUGACAUGAAGAGUCUUCUGAUCAGCAUGGGAAUGGAGGAUGUUUUCGACAUGCAGAAGGUGAAUCUUUCAGGCAUGUCCUCCAACAACGACCUGGUGGUGUCAAAGGUGAUCCAUAAAGCCUUUGUUGAAGUCAACGAGGAAGGAACCGAAGCGGCUGCAGCCACCGGCGUUGUCAUAAUGACACGGUGUUUGAUCCUCCCGCAGGUCUUCAACGCAGACCAUCCUUUCCUUUUCUUCAUCCGACACAAUCCAACCAAGACCAUUUUGUUUUACGGACGCUUCUGCUCUCCAUGAGUGAGUCCUGCUGCAUGAGACGCUUCCAGCUAGUUUAGGUGAUGAUCUGGUUCAAAUGAGUAGGAGAGACUCGAGACAACUAUUACAAAUCAUUUGGUUUAAGAAAAAUCUAUACUGUAUGUGCCAACAGAUCUUUUACAAUUUACAGGGGAAAGACUUAUUUAAUUAAUAGUAUAAAAUUGCAACGAAUGACUGAAUAAACCAGGCUUAUAUAGAUGGAGUUAACAAGGUUACACAGCUGACAGCAAUCCUGGAUGAUGAGUCCCGGAGAGUUCUAGGAAACGCGUUUAUGACUGAAGAAAUUAAAUGCAUUACAGUUGUCCUGAAUCUCAUUUAGGUUGUGGUUUUGGACAGGUCUCUUCAUGCUACUGUAUAUGUAAUCAAAUCUAUCAGUUUACAGAACGUGUAUGCAUUCACUGUAACAGUAUAUUCAACAUAAAUGAAAUAAAUCUUUACAGCUCUUCAAUAAAACCUGAUUUAAGUAAUUUUUAA